AUGACAGACUCCAAAGAAGCCUUUCUGUCCCACAUAGAAGAAUUUGACACCACUGAGUCCGACCCACCCCCAGCCUACGAAACACCUCUCUUGAAAGUUAACCGCGGGGCACCUCUUCCACGCCCGCCACCCCUCGAUCUCCCAGUCCUGAACAGCCUCCGCAGCCAGCGCGUAAUCCUCGCCUCGCAGUCACCACGCCGAAAGCAAAUAAUCUCCUUCCUGGGCCUCCCGAACAUAGAAAUCAUUCCCUCGAACGCCUCAGAAGAUCUACCAAAAAGCCUAAGCCCAUUCGAGUAUGUGCUAGCAACAGCAACGAAAAAGGCCCAUGCUGUCUAUGAAAAAGAAACCAACGACGAGACCAAGAGAGAGCCAGCCUUAAUCCUAGCCGCAGACACGGUCGUCGUCGACCCGUCCACCGGCUCGAUCCUCGAAAAGCCUCGCUCCGAAGCACACCACAUGGCUAUGCUGCGCUCGCUACGUGAUGCCCGAAACCACAAGGUCUAUACGGCGCUUGUGGCUAUGGCUCCUUUGGCUAGUGCGCGGGACCCGGGGUAUGCCAUUGAGAGUACCGUUGAGGAGACAUCGGUGCGGUUUGAUAUCGAUGUUACGGAUGAGUUGAUUAUGGCUUAUGUGCGUACGCGUGAGGGCGCGGAUAAAGCCGGUGGCUAUGGGUUGCAGGGGCUUGGGUCUAUUCUUGUUGAGAAGAUUGAUGGCAGUUAUGACAAUGUGAUUGGGUUGCCGCUCAAGGCGACGCUCAGAGUUAUUGAAACUGUCAUGCUGAAGGCGGAUGAUGACAAGGGGCUGCCUGGGGAUGGCGAGGAGAGUGAGGAUGAGGAAUGA